AGCGGGCCUUACAGAGAUGCUGCCAAGUGCUGGUGUCUAUUACUUUCCAUGGGAGAUCAACAGCUCAGUCCCAGAAGGGGAGGCACUGAGAACGUUUGGCAGGUUAUGCUGCUAUGACCUGGCCCGGUCUGAAGCUGUUCUCACCGCUCAGCACAGCUCAGCUCAGUACCAGGUUUGUGUGGACACCAAGUUUGUGGAGCCAUUCCAAGCCCAGCUGGGAUCUCGCUACAUGGUCCUGGGAGAGGCUGAACAUAGGGAAGGUGAGGGUCCCGUGGUAAAGGCACGAAUAUUGACCUGCGUGGAAGGGCUGAAUAUGCCCUUGCUGGAACAAGCCUUACAGGAGCAGAGGAAAUACUUCAGCGAGAGGCAGGAGAAGAAGGUGGGAAAGAGCACAUCCUGACAGCAGCUCUGAGGCCAGCCGUAUGCUGGUCCUUGCACUGCCAUUUGCAACAGCUCUGUUAAAAGUAAAUUUAGAAGAUGGGUUUGCGACAUACUGAGGUUUGCUGUGGUAAAUAGCAAAGUAAAGUCACGAUGAGGGAAAUGCUUGAAGACUCUGUGAGUCAGUAUGUGCCUGUGGGCUGUGCGUUCAUGCAGGUGUCAUCACUGAAAAUAACCUCUGGGAAGCAGGUUGGGUUGUUUAAAAAGGGAGGUUAAGAAAAGGGAGCACUUGAGUUAUACUGGUCCUUUUGUAAUGCAGGGCUUGGAGAGGUCAGAAACAGAGGAAGUCUCUGAAUCUGGAGUUAAGCAACUUACUCUCAAAGCUCAGCAGCUUAUGGGCUGUUGGCAGAUAAAGGGUGAAGGGCAUUAGCACAAAGUUCAUGAGCCCUGGGUGACUGCAGGUCCAGUUUAGUUACCAUGACUCAGCUUCCAUACAGAAGCAUUCCUGGCAAAACACUCACGGAUCUGGGCUGACCAGCAAAGAAACAAGAAAAACAAAGAGUUAUUUCCAGCAGCACUGCCUCUUCAGGUUUUCAGGAGCUGCUGUAUGGGGGGGGGGGGGGCUGAUUUUUACUGUAGGAAACAUAUUUGCAAUGCCCUGAGAAUCACAACUUGACUUUCUUCCUUGACACAACUAAGUUUAGGAGACCUUAAAUCACUUUAUUGAAGCUUUUGAUUGAUGUAUUCCUAAAUAAAGAUUUAAAAAGAA